GCCAGAUUUUUGCGAGACUCCAGUUCCUGAGAUUCAGGUACUUCAACAUGUUCGUAAACUUAAACAUACAUGAUUAGCAUACAUGGCCUCUCCGGCGUUGACAGUGCCAGCCGGUCCCAGUGAGCCCAAGGGCGUAGAGCGCCAGCAGCGGGACGGUAGGGACCCUGCCACGCACAAACGCCUUGUGCUGCAGCUUCACGGUGUCGUCGCUGUGGCUGCUGCUGCUGCGGCUGGUGGUGGUGGUACUGUCGUCGUUGGGAUGCUCUGGACGCCUGACUUGAGCUGAUGACCGCGCGGCCCGUUGAGGAGACCUGUUGGCCCUUAAGUCUUCGUCUGCUAGGUUGUUAUGUUUUAAGCCCAGGGAUGGUUCGGGAUAUCGAGAUUCGGGCCGUUGGAUGUGGACAGUGUCGAUCGACUGUUAUCGCUGCGAGUAUGAGUAAUUCAGGGCAGAACCGCAAACAACAAUUUGCCAUGUUGAGAUGGCUGAUAACUACCAAGCAGUGCUCGGUCUAAGGCCAGACGUGCACGCCGAGAACAGAAGCAACUUGCGCAUAAUUAAAGGCUCAAAGCACAAAAAGUGGGAAGCUCGCGGAGAGCAGCUACUAAGCCAUCCGCCG